CUGGUGAGGUUUGUCCUAGUGCGUGCGCCGUAGUUUGCGUUCCGUGUUUUCGUUCGACUCAGCUGGUCAUCAGAUACCAAGAUAGCACGGUAGCCUAUCCAUUCAGAAGUUCAUACAUGGACGUUACUGUACUAACAAAAUAGCAAACAAUGUCUUCAAACGGUGGCAUGCAGAUCCCGGGUCGCUUACCCCUCCUGCUGACCCAUGAAGGAGUAUUGUUACCUGGGGCCACUAUGCGGAUCAGUGUUGACACGGCCAGGAACAUGCAGCUGGUCCGGAGCAGACUACUGAAGGGGACAUCACUCAAAAGCACAAUCAUUGGCGUCAUCCCAAACACCAAAGACCCCGAGCACGACUCCGAGGAGCUGCCAUCUCUGCACAGCAUCGGCACGGCAGGGCUGGCGGUGCAGGUGGUGGGUAGUAACUGGCCGAAGCCCCACUACACGCUGCUCAUCACGGGCCUGUGCCGCUUCCGAGUGCUGCGGCUGCUUAAGGAGAGGCCGUUCCCCCUCGCAGACACCCAGCAGCUAGACAACCUGGAGCAGCUCAACUCAGCUGAGGGGGAGCUUGCAGAGCUAGGGGAGAGAUUCUACCAAGCUGCUGUACAGCUGGUGGGGAUGUUGGACAUGUCGGUGCCUGUGGUUGCCAAGUUGCGGCGGAUGCUGGACAGUCUUCCCAGGGAGACGUUGCCAGAUGUGCUGGCCUCCAUGAUCCGCACCACCAACAAGGAGAAGCUGCAGGUGCUUGAUGCAAUAGGCCUCGAGGAGCGCUUUAAGAAGACUCUACCGCUGCUCUCCAGACAGAUAGAGGGACUCAAACUACUGCAGAAGACCCGCAAGCCCAGGGCUGAUGACGAGAAGAAGGUGCUAGCAGUGAAGAAGGGGGGCGUGUUCCCGGUGCGGCACUUCUCAUUGGACGAUGAGGCUGAGGAUGAUGAUGGUGAUGACACGGCUCAGCUGGAAAGGAAGGUCAAAGCGGCCAACAUGCCCGAGCCCGCGCUGCGCGUCUGCGUCAAGGAGCUCAAACGGCUGAAGAAGAUGCCUCAGUCCAUGCCAGAGUACGCACUCACACGCAACUACCUGGAGCUGAUGGUGGAGCUGCCCUGGAGCAAGAGCACCACAGACUGCCUGGAUAUCCGCGCGGCUCGCCUGCUGCUGGACAGCGACCACUAUGCCAUGGAGAAGCUGAAGCGGCGCGUGCUGGAGUACCUGGCCGUGCGGCAGCUGAAGCGGGCCCUCAAGGGCCCCAUCCUGUGCUUCGUGGGGCCCCCCGGCGUGGGCAAGACCAGCGUGGGCCGCUCCAUCGCUCGGACCCUCGGGCGCGAGUUCCACCGCAUCGCGCUGGGCGGAGUCUGCGACCAGUCUGACAUCCGAGGACACAGGCGUACGUAUGUGGGCAGUAUGCCGGGGCGUAUCAUUAACGGUCUGAAGACUGUGGGGGUGAAUAACCCCGUCUUCCUGCUGGACGAGGUGGAUAAGCUGGGCAAGAGCCUACAGGGGGACCCUGCCGCCGCCCUGCUGGAGGUCCUGGACCCGGAGCAGAACCACAGCUUCGUGGACCACUACCUGAACGUGGCGUUUGAUCUGUCCCAAGUGCUCUUCAUCGCUACAGCCAACAGCACCGCCACCAUCCCCCCCGCCCUGCUCGACCGCAUGGAGGUACUGCAGGUGCCAGGUUACACCCAGGAGGAGAAGGUGGAGAUCGCUCAUCGUCACCUGAUUCCCCAUCAGCUGGAGCAACACGGCCUGACACCACAACACCUACAGAUACCCCCCCACACAACACAGGACAUCAUCAGCAGGUACACGAGAGAGGCGGGUGUGCGUUCCCUGGAGAGGAAGAUCGGAGCCAUCUGUCGCGCGGUGGCGGUGAAGGUAGCGGAGGGCCACAAGGUGGCCAGGCAGGAGGCCAGGCAGGAGAGCAGCAGCAGCGGCAGUGGAGAAGAAGAAGAAGCCGCACAGCAACAGGAGACACACCAGCACCAGCACCAGCUCCAGGAGGCAGCUCAGCUGGAAGCUGAUGAGCAGGGGGGCGUGUACGAGGCCCAGCACGAGUCUGCGGAGCUCAGUGCCCCCCCUGAGAUGCCCAUCCUCAUCGACCCCCCCGCACUCAAGGACAUCCUCGGACCCCCCCUCUAUGACAUGGAGGUGUCUGAGCGUCUGACGUUGCCAGGCGUGGCGGUGGGCCUGGCGUGGACGCCGCUGGGGGGGGAGAUCAUGUUCGUGGAGGCGAGCCGCAUGGAGGGGGAGGGCCAGCUGACGCUGACGGGACAGCUGGGGGACGUCAUGAAGGAGUCCGCUCACCUGGCCAUCAGCUGGCUACGCAGCAACGCCAAGCUCUACACACUCACCAACCUGUCGGGCCAUGCCGACCCCAUGGAGGGUACAGAUAUCCACCUCCACUUCCCCGCGGGCGCCGUGCUGAAGGACGGCCCCUCCGCCGGCGUAACCAUAGUGACGUGUCUGGCCUCACUCUUCAGCGGGAAGCUGGUGCGCUCAGACGUGGCCAUGACCGGAGAGAUCACACUACGAGGACUCGUGCUGCCUGUGGGCGGGAUUAAAGAUAAGGUUCUGGCGGCCCACAGGGCGGGGCUUAAGCGGGUCAUCUUGCCCAAGCGGAAUGAGAAGGACCUGGAGGAGAUUCCGGCCCACAUCCGGGCCCAGCUCGACUUUGUGCUGGCGGCGAGCGUCGACCAGGUCCUCAACGCGGCCUUCAGCGGGGGGUUCCCCACCAACACCGAUCCCAUGGCACACACACACCUCGCCAGCAAAUUAUAACACACACGCACACACACUUCACCAGCAAGCUAUGACACACACAUACACACACACACCUCGGCAGCAAAUUAUGAGGCACACACACUUCGCCAGCAUACUAUUUCUCACACACACACACACACACACACACACACACACACACACACACACACACACACACACACACACACACACACACACACACACACACACACACACACACUUCUGAGACUCUCUGGCUCACACUCUCAUGACACUGAUGAAAGAGAUGCGCGCACACACACUCACCUCGAUGGACAAUAACAAACAUGGCAACGGAGACCUCGGACACACAGAGCAUAUUCUUGGCGAGAUGUGCAGAUUGUACUACUUGUAGCACUUAUUUGAUGGCCUCGUUAAUUAAAACUAAUGGAGUUGAGAGAAGUCUCCUCAGUUCCCAGUUCUAGUUCAAGCUGAUCCACUUUACUGUUAAAGGGGUAUGCCACUGUUUUGGGGCUUACUACAGUUAAAAUCGUUGGCCAGGGUUUAUAAAGGUGGUAAAGUGUCUUAUUUUUCAUGUUAAGCGUUGUCUUGCUUUAAGACAAGUUAAAAGAGGGAAUAUGUCGCUAAGCUAGUGAAAUUCAAUGGAUCCAUGUAAACCCCAGCCAACGAUUUUAACUGUAUUAAGCCCCAAAAUAGUGGCAUACCCCUUUAACAGUAGCAGUACAGUAGUGAAGGCAAUUGGGGAGGCUAUUCCUAAUGAACUAGCCAGACAGAUAUGAGGCACACGUGCACACACACCCCUUGCCAGACAGACAUCUGGGUCAUUUAACUCAAUUAGCUGAAUGAGUUACAAAGUGAUUCAGACUGAGCCGAGGUGAUUCAGAUUUAGAUGUGGUCUAGGUAGCACCCUCAAGUCGUCUGAGAGAGCAGACAAGGGAAUGUCAUAACAGUUAGGCCUUGAGGUAGAGAUGACAUGAAUUUCCCACUGGCAAGUAUCCAUGUUGCUAACUGGCUAGCAACUACGGUUUCAAUAAACCUAACCCAGUGUUCCUUAAGUGUGCCUUUACUAACAUUGUCUGGGAAAUGAAGGGGGAGCAGUGUUGUCUGCCGUCUGCUCCAAGUCUGGUUGGUGCUUUGACCUAGUACAUAAUAAGACCAAAUAAAGAUUAAUUUAGAUUUG